CACUAAGGAGCGAAGCAAAGCGAAUAAAGCGCACGAGAAUGAGGAAGGUCGCGGAUAAACGGCGGCGAGUGGUGAUCAGUCAGCUCGAAGGGAUCCUCACCCUUGAAACGCCUCAAAGAGGAAACGAAUGACCUCGUCGGGGACAUAAGCUCGACAGAACGAGCCAGAACACGGAUAAUGACCAAGAAAACGUCCACGGUAACCAUAGCAAGCUGUAUUGAAGUGGCGGCUACUAUAUAAGUAACACUGUAACGGAUCUUGUAUUCAGUUAGACACGCGCGAGAGAAAUAACUAGAUCUUGUGGAUUCAGUAUUGUAUUCGUAAGAAUUUUAGGUAAAUAUGAACGUAAUAAUCUUGCUUAUGGCCAUGAUAGGAUUAUGCGUGGCCGCUCCACAAUACUACAUUCCCUCAGAAUUCGUGUAUCAACAUCCGGCAAAUGUAUUGAAUUCAGCAAUCGAAGACACCUUGCCAAACGAAUUACGAAAUAACUUUUACAAAAACCCACGAAUCGCUGCCCGUCUCGCGAUGGAAUCAUGGUUUUUCAAUAAAGAGAUGCAGGUAAUCGAUCGUGAAACGGAUAAAAUUCCACGAGAGAAAGUAUAUAAUGUUCUCCACAAUGCAGGAUUUGUGCGAAAAUAAAAUUAGAAUAAUAAAAAAUUUGUAAUAACUUGUUGAAUUUUUUGAACGUCUAUAAUGUUCCUCUUGUAAAGCCAUCCAUCUAACUUGGAACCCGCGCGCAAGAAUUUG